AUGGACAGGAGUGAGACGGAAAGUCCAGGAACUCGGGAUGCUCGCAAAGAAGCAUCGAAGCCACACAACGUCAGCUUGUGGCCGAGUGUGGCCUAUUUCAAACAUGGCAUGGCUAACAACAAAGUCACUGACCACAGCGACAACGGCCUCAGCUCAGGACAGAAGGAGCAGGCCAGGAGUUUCGCACUGACAGCCCUGCAGCCUCACGUGUACAGGUCUUACUUCCGGCGUCAGCGCUUGGGAGUACUUCCUGUUCUGGUUGCCAUGUCAACAGUGCACGCUAUCCAGUGUCUAGUACUGGACCUAGUGCCUGGCUUCAGAGAGCAGAUCUUGGACAGGGUCAUUGUGGUUUGUGUGGCUGCUGUCCUGGUCUUCACCCUGUUUGUGGUCAUCAAGUUUGGACAUUUAGGGGACAUUCUGUCGGAAUGCCUGGGAGGCCUGAUGUGGCUGCUCUUGACUGUUCAAAUUUACUACGACAUCGGCACCUCAUAUCCACGUCACUUACCCUCAGAUAUGAUUGGCUGGGUGCUCAUUCUAAUAUUUGUCACUCAAAUGACCAUUCCCGUAGGGGCGUGGCUUGGCUUGCCUGUCGUUUUUCUAUUGGUUUUGGUCCAUUGCGUCAUGGUGGGCGUGUUAUGGUUCCAGGACUCACUCAAAGUGUCGGAUCUUGAAAACCAAUGCCUGGGAGGCCUGACAGUGGCAGCCAAUGUCUUGCUGUGCACGGCCUCCACGUGUAUAGGUUUUGCUGGAAGUCUGUUCUCAGACAGACUCAACCGUAGGUCUGUUAUGGAGAUCAAGUCUGCCCUGACUGCCAAAACCAAGAUCGAAGUCGCCUACAAGAACAAGGUGAGUGUUGGAUGUGUGUCUUUAAUCAUAUUAAUUAAUUGUCUGUCUGUUACCUUCACAUCUGUCAUGACCUUGUCACACUCUCUGCCACGUUGUCUGUAUGAGCUUUUUUUUUUUUUUGGGCCUCUAAGUCCCUUAACGAU